AUGCCUGAAGUUAAGUUUAUUGGACACAUCUUCAGCAAAGAUGGGAUGAAGGCAAAUCAGGAGAAAAGGAGAGUAAUCAACGACAUGAAAAGACCUUCAGACAAGAAGGAUUUACAACGAUUUACUAUGUGGGAAAGCAGUCGUAAUAGCAAGGGUACUGUCAGACUGGUAAAUGGGACCUCCCCGUCCAAUGGAAGAGUUGAGGUGUACUAUUCUGGGGUGUGGGGUACGAUAUGUGAUGAUGACUGGGACGAUAAAGACGCUGGAGUUAUCUGUGUGAUGCUGGGAUAUUCAAGAGUCAAGACCGUGGCACAUUCAUUGGCUCACUUUGGAGAAGGGACGGGGAUGAUCUGGCUUGAUGACGUUGAAUGUUAUGGAAAUGAAACGGACAUUGAAAUGUGCUCACACUCUUCACAUGGAUUUCACAACUGUAGGCAUAGUGAAGAUGCCGGGGUUUCAUGUUCAGAUCCCCAUGCACUCAAUGGCUUGGUUAGACUUGUUGAUGGAUCCCUUCCUUCCAAAGGGCGACUUGAGGUCUACUAUUCCGGUAUAUGGGGUACGGUGUGUGGAAACAACUGGGGAAGUAAAGAGGCCGGAGUCGUUUGUGCAAUGAUGGGAUAUCCAAGGUGA